CAUUCGGUACCUUUAGUCCCCAAUCAUCGCCUCUUAGAUUCUAAGCUCUGCAAUCUUUCAUCCACAUCCGUAAAUGGCUCCUCCAACACCAAGACUAGUAGUGCCGAUAGACUUGACAAAGAAGCCAUGGGACCAAAAACUGCCCCUCCACAACCGCUGGCACCCCGAGAUACCUGCAACCGCAGCAGUCACAAGCGGCGAGCUCUUUAGGACAGAGAUGGUAGACUGGACUGGAGGGGCUAUAAUAGAUGAUGACUCUGCACUCGACGUGAAAUCCGUGGAUCUGACGACAGUUCAUUACCUGAGUGGACCAAUCAGAGUUCUGGAUACAGAUGGAGUUCCGGCGAAGCCUGGUGAUCUUCUCGCUGUCGAGAUAUGCAACCUGGGUCCUCUACCGGGCGAUGAAUGGGGUUUCACAGCAUCAUUCGACAGAGAAAAUGGAGGCGGGUUUCUAACAGAUCAUUUCCCAUGUGCAACCAAAGCAAUAUGGUAUUUUGAAGGAAUCUAUGCAUACUCGCCACAAAUACCAGGUGUGAGGUUUCCAGGUUUGACUCACCCUGGAAUAAUUGGAACUGCACCAUGUAAGGAACUCCUGAACAUAUGGAACGACAGGGAAAGAGAGGUCGAAGAAAAUGGACUGCAGACACUCAAGCUAUGUGAGGUUUUGCAUUCAAGGCCACUAGCAAACUUACCAUCAACCAAAGGCUGUGUCCUCGGCAAGAUUCAAGGAGGCACUCCUGAAUGGGAAAGGAUCGCGAGGGAAGCUGCAAGAACAAUUCCGGGAAGAGAAAACGGGGGAAACUGCGACAUCAAAAAUUUAAGUAGGGGUUCGAAGAUAUAUCUCCCAGUUUUUAUGGAAGGAGCAAACCUCAGCACUGGCGAUAUGCACUUCUCUCAGGGUGAUGGUGAGGUCGCCUUCUGCGGGGCAAUUGAGAUGAGUGGCUUUUUAGAGCUCAAAUGCGAAAUCAUCAGGGGAGGGAUGAAAGAGUACCUGACGCCAAUGGGACCGACUCGUCUCCACGUGAACCCAAUCUUUGAGAUAGGACCAGUGGAGCCGAGAUUUUCAGAAUGGCUGGUGUUUGAGGGGAUCAGCGUCGAUGAGAGCGGGAGGCAGCAUUACCUUGAUGCCAGCGUCGCAUACAAGCGGGCUGUACUCAACGCCAUCGACUACCUCUCCAAAUUCGGCUACUCCAAGGAGCAGAUGUAUCUUCUACUAUCUUGCUGCCCAUGUGAAGGAAGGAUAUCUGGAAUCGUGGAUUCCCCUAAUGCUGUAGCAACUCUUGCAAUCCCCACGUCCAUCUUUGAUCAGGAUAUUCGUCCAAAGAACAAGAUUCCAGUUGGGCCUCGGCUAGUCAGGAAGCCAGAUGUCCUGAAGUGCACUUAUGAUGGCAAUCUACCUAUAACGAAGAACCUGAGUGCCACUAUGUAGUCCUCGCUCAGGUGUUAACUAAAACAUUGGUGCUUGCACCUCUUCCUUUUCCACAUGUACAAAACAUAAGUAGACCUGAGAAAGCAAGAAACAUGUUGCUUCUGGACAUCCUCUACAUUUCGGUUAAGUAAUGGAUAAGCUUCUUACUGAGCAAGGCCAAUCAGAUAAACAAUCCGAUACAGAUA